GGGCGCGGUGCAGGCCGGGAGCCGUAGUACCGCCGAGCCGCCAUUUCACCGAGAGCGUGGGGGCCGCUGCCCGCCGUGACUUUGCGGCAUGGAGAGCGGCUUCGGCUCCGACUUCGGCUCCGACUUCGGCUCCGGGAGCGGCGCGGGGGGGAAGCUGGACCCGGGGCUCAUCAUGGAGCAGGUGAAGGUGCAGAUCGCCGUGGCCAACGCGCAGGAGCUCUUGCAGCGCAUGACGGACAAGUGCUUUCGGAAGUGCAUCGGGAAGCCCGGCGGAGCGCUGGACAACUCGGAGCAGAAGUGCAUCGCCAUGUGCAUGGACCGGUACAUGGACUCCUGGAACACGGUUUCCCGAGCCUAUAACUCUCGGCUGCAGCGGGAGAGAGCCAACAUGUGAGGAGCGGCGGCGCCUGGAGCAGGGAGGGACCAUGUGGGGAAGGGACGAGCGGCCCGUCCAGGCGGCUGCGGGCACAGUUCUGCCUUUCCAGCCCCUGCCAUGGCAGAGCAAUAAACCCUCGCUGAACCUUUUGCAUCCGUUGGCUUUUAUUAGCACCAGCCCCAGGAGCGAGUGAAUUUUCCAGCCUCGAGAGCCACCGUGAGCUGCUUGGUUUAUCUCAUGCCUUUCCCAACGGUUCAGACCGGCCGAGGCACGUAGCAGCUGAUAAGUCCCUGCUGCGAAAGGGCUGCGAGAGGCAAAGAGCCUUCUAUGGAAAAGGUGGGCCAAGCCAGCACCACAGUCCCUUUGCCCAGGAAGCAAGCAUGGACCCAGCCAUCAGGUAGUGACCCAGUCCCAUUUCAUCAGUGGAAGAGCCGCCAUCAGGUGCCCCACAUGCCGCACUUGUCUCUCUCUUCCCUUGUAUUUGCAUAGUUGUAUGUGGGGCUCACUUUUGGGCUCAUGUACUUUGGCUCGGCUCAAGCAGCGCGUUGGGUAGCCGGGAUGCUCUUACUGGGUUUGCGGCACAGCCUUGCAAAUAGUUGUACGAGCGCAGCUGGGGAUGAGAAAGGUUGGGAAGUACUUAGGCUGAUUUCUUUCUAAAAUAAAAUGUGUUGUGUGGCUGUGA